ACUGUUGACAUUAGAAUUUGACAUCUUACGGUGUUUUCACGAAAUCAAGUCAAUAAAAAUAAAUUAUCAAGUUUUUGCACCCUGCCGGCGACCGGUGUACUUUGCUGAGAAUAGAAAAUCAUUUAAAAAUGGCUGCACGUAGUAUUUUAAAAUUGGGAGCAUUGGAGGCGCAAAGAACAGCAUUUUUACUGUGCGACAUACAAGAAACGUUUCGUCCUCAUGUAAAACAUUUCGGAGAAGUGGUCAAAGUUGCAAAUAAAAUGUUAGAAGCAGCUAAACUAUUCCAAAUACCAGUGUACAUCUCUGAGCAGUAUCCAAAAGGUUUGGGGCACACCACAAAAGAUAUCAAAGUGGAGGAUGCAGCAAUGGUCUAUGAGAAGACCCAGUUUUCGAUGUACACCCCACAACUGCAAGAAAGGCUGAAGAAGGACAUACCUAACUUGGGUUCUGUUGUGCUGUUCGGGAUUGAGGCACAUGUUUGCAUUGAACAAACCGUGAUAGAUUUACUGAAUGAGGAUAUUGCUGUCCAUGUGCUGGCUGAUGGUGUUUCUUCAAGAUCACUCAUGGACCGAGGACUGGCACUACAGCGCAUGCAAUACAUAGGGUGUUUCAUAACGACGUCGGAGAACAUUCUGUUCAAACUGAUGAGAGACAAACAGCAUCCACGCUUAAAACAAAUCUCCAAACUGAAUAAAGUGCCCACAGUUGAUACUUUAGGUUAUGAUUUCGUAUCGAAACUGUGAUAGGAAUUGUUUUUAGUUUUCUAAUGAGCAUAUUUUUUUUAUUUUUUGUAUAUUAUUAAAUUGUAAAAAAGUCUUAUUACAUUGUAUGUAGUUACGUGAUAUUUUUAUAAAUAUGUCUUUUUAUAAAAAAAAGCAAUAAACAUUUUUAUAUAGACA